AUGGACCUGAAAGACCUGGUAACAUAUUUUUGCUGUUUUCAUCUUGGCAUCUACCUUUUUAUCACCACAUAUAGCUCAGGAGCAGAUGCCUUUUGGAUUGCCAACCUUAACAUAUCAUUUUGGAUAGGCAAUCAAACCGUGUGGGAGAUUGAAGAACGUGGUGUAUUUGCCAAAGCCUCUCCUUUGAAGAAGGUCACCGGAGUGCUAGUGCCACCCGAGGGGCUGCAUCAAAAUGCUUGUAGCUCUGUAACAACGUUUACUAAGCCAGUACACACAGACAGUUGGAUAGCUCUCAUCAUGAGGGGCCAGUGUUCAUUUAUGCAAAAGAUAAGUGUGGCUGCUGAAAAGGGAGCUGUGGGUGUAAUCAUCUACAAUUAUCCAGGAACAGGUAACAGCGUGUUCCCCAUGUUUAACUUGGGAGUGGAAAAUAUUGUGGCAGUCAUGAUUGGCAACCUGAAAGGCUUGGACCUUUUGCUUUUGAUUCAGAAUGGAAUCCAAGUGAUGGUGACCAUUGAUGUUGGAAAGCAUUAUUACCCAUGGCUGACACAUUAUAUGGGUACCAUUUUUGUUUUUGCCUCAGUUGCUGUGGCUUAUUUCACAUUUUACUGUGUCAGGAGGCUGAGAACAGGAAGAGAUCUCACACAGCGAUGCCGACAGCUGCUUGCUAUUAAAAAGGCCAUGAAUCAUCUAGAACUUCGUACCUUGAAAGAGGAUGACAAAGAAGUUGGAUCUGCUGGAGAGAAUUGUGCAGUGUGUUUAGAAAUGUACAAGCCUAAAGAUGUGGCCCGUGUCUUGGAUUGCAGGCACCUUUUUCAUAAAACCUGUGUUGAUCCCUGGCUUUUAAAGCACCAGACGUGCCCUGUGUGCAAGUGGGACAUGCUUGGGACAGUGGAAAGUGUUACAACAGAAACAGAGCCCUUGGUGGGAAAUCAAAUAUCAAACGAAGCUUCUUCCAUUAUCAGUACUCCUAAUGUGGAAGCCUAUGAAGCACAUGCACAUGCAGGGAUGCAGAAAGCCCCAAAGGCUCAAUCAGUAGGCGAAUAA